AUGGCUCCUGUAACCGAGUGUAUGAAUAAUGGAACGUUUAAGUGGACUAAGGCAACAAGCGAAACAUUUGAAUUGAUUAAGGGAAAGCUGUGUCAAGCCCCUAUACUUGCAUUGCCGGAUUUGAAUCAAGUGCUUGAAGUUGAGUGUGAUGCGAGUGGUGCUGGUAUUGGAGCAGUCCUUACUCAAUCAAAAUGGCCUAUUGCAUACUUUUGUGAAAAGCUUAAUGAGUCAACAAGGAAGUAUAGUACUUGUGACAAGGAGUUUUAUGCCAUAGUAUCACCUAGGAGAAGAGUUUCAGUGAUUAGAGACUUUCCUCCAUUUUGUGGGCCAAAUGCUCCAUGUCUUAGUAUGGAAGAGUUCAGUGAAAUGAUUGCUUCUUUGAAGAGAUUUGAUGAAGAGAAUUUUGUUAUCGAAGAAAGCUCUUUGAGAGAGAUUGUGGAGACUGAUGUGAAACAAAUGGAGCAUGGUUAUCAUAGUUUUAGGGGUGAGGAUACACGUGAAAACUUUACAAGCCAUCUCUAUGCAACUUUGUGUUCAAAGAAAAUCAAGACGUUUAUUGAUAGUUAUGAUCUUGAAAGAGGAGAUGAAAUUUCACAAGCACUUUUGAAUGCAAUUGAAGAAUCAAAGAUUGCGGUUAUUAUAUUCUCGAAAGGGUAUGCCACAUCUAGAUGGUGCCUUGAAGAACUUGCAAAAAUCAUUGAAGGCAAGAAAGCAGGAGAUUUGAUCGUGCCAAUUUUCUAUCAUGUGGAUCCGUCUAACGUAAGAAACCAAAAACGCACAUAUGAAGAAGCAUUUGUGAGGCAUGAAAAAAUACAGAGCUUAGAGAAGGUGAUGAGAUGGAGGAACGCUUUGAGAGAAGCAGCUAAUUUGUCUGGAUUUGAUUCAAGUAACAGUAGGCCUGAAUCUACAUUAGUAGAGGAAAUUGUCAACUAUAUUUCGAAAAAACUGAAUCAAAUGUCCCCAAGUGACAACAAGAACCUCAUUGGAGUAAAAUCAAAAAUAGAGAAAGUUGAAUCACUAUUACGUCUUGGGUUAAAAGAUGUUUCAAGCAGUGUUGGGAUUUGGGGAAUGGGUGGAAUAGGCAAGACAACUCUUGCUCAUGCAAUAUUCAACCGAAUCUCAAGUCAAUUUAAAAAAGCCCACUUUCAAGAUAAUGUCAGGGAAGAAUGUAAAAAGAAUAAUGGAUUAACUCGUUUGAGUCAACAAGUUCUUUUUGCAAUAUUAGAUGAUAAACAUGCCAGUUUAGAUUCUAUCUUCACGAAAAAGAGGCUUUGCAGUAUGAAGAUUCUUAUUGUUUUUGACGAUGUAACAUGUUUUGAGCAAAUAGAAAAGUUUACUGGUGAUUGUUUUGGUUCUGGAAGUUGUGUCAUCAUAACAUCAAGAGAUAAACAAGUGCUUAAAACUUGUGGAGUGAAUCAUGAUAACAUAUACAAGGUUAAGGAGUUAUCAACUGAUGAGGCUGUUGAACUUUUCUGUCGACAUGCCUUCAAACAAAAUCAACCCACUGCAGGUUACAAGGAGCUAUCUCAAUGGGCACUAACAUUUGCUAAAGGCAUUCCAUUAGCUCUUAAAAUUUUUGGUGACAUGCUAUUUGGCAAGACAGAUUCAGAAUGGAAAAGUGCAUUGAAAAAGCUUGAAAGAAUUCCGAAUCCGAAGAUCCUAGAUGUGCUGAAAAUAAGUUACGAUGGACUAGAAAAUGAAGAACAAAAAAUAUUUCUAGAUAUUGCAUGUUUCUUUAAUAGGGAUGAUAAGAAUUUUGUGAAGAAAAUCCUAGAUGAUAUUGGGUUUGCUGCAGACAUAGGAGUAAGUGUUCUCAUUGAUAAAUCUCUCAUAACUCUAUCUGGUUGCAAGAUAAUAAUGCAUGAUUUAUUGCAAGAAAUUGGGAGGAAAAUUGUCUCUGAAGAAUCAAAAGAUCUUGGCAAACGCAGUAGGUUAUGGCAUCAUGAAGAUAUCAAUCGUGUAUUGAAGACAGACAUGGGGACUGGAGCAAUUGAAUGCAUUCGUUUGGAAAUGUCAAAAGCAAAACCUUUCAAGUUACAUCCCCACGCUUUCUCAAACAUGCAUAACCUCAGAUUCUUGGAUUUUUAUUGCGAUAUUGGUUGCUCAUGCAACUUUUACAACUCACACUGUAAAGGUGGCUACAUAUGCAAAGAAGGGCAGAUUGAUAAUAAGGUGCAUCCUUCUGAAGAUCUUGAAUUUGUUCUUUCUGAACUAAGGUACUUCUGUUGGUAUGGAUAUCCGUUGCCAUCAUUGCCAUCAACUUUUGAUGUAGAGAAUCUUGUUUCACUUGUCAUGCCAUGUAGCAAGAUUAAAAUUUUGAAUUUUGUCCAGCAAUGUGAUAAAUUGAAGCACAUUAAUCUCAGCAACUCAAAGCUCCUAACCAGAAUCCCAGACCUCUCAAUGAUCCCAAAUGUUGAGAGUUUGAUUCUAGAAGGUUGUACAAGUUUGAUUAAGGUUUUCUCAUCUAAAAAGUAUCUCAAGAAGCUUGCUAUAAUCAAUCUUCGAGGUUGCAAAAGCCUUGAAAGUCUUCCUAGCACCAGUUGUUUGAACUCUCUUGAGUCUCUAGAUCUAUCUGGUUGUCAAAUGACUAAGUCAUUGGACAAUCGCACCCCAUUAUCCGUUCUAAGAGAACUAUAUCUUGCCGGAAAAAAUUUUGAGUUAAUACCAGGCAUCAAAGAGCUUUCUAAUUUGGUUGUUUUGGACAGGCGGAAGCAUUCAGUACCACUCUGGACUGUCUGUUUCCCUGGAAAUGAAAUUCCAAAUUGGUAUAGCUUUCAAAAUAUGGGAUCUUCUAUAACACUCAAGCUACUACCAGAUCUUAUGAACUAUGAAUACUUAGUCAUUGAUCUGUGCACUGUUGUAACAUCUGGACAACAUCAUGUUGAUAACAGAGUAUUUCCCUUUGUUUUACGGUUCACGAUCAAAGACGAGCAUGGUAAGAUGAGGCAUGAGUCGGGUCGGUGUUUCUACUUUUUCAGUCCAAACCCUGUAAUUGGACGUCGCUACAGAUCACUAGAUCAUGUAUACAUGAUGAGUGUGUUCUUCGACAAAAAAGAAGAUGAACAUAAGUGGAAUGAACCAGGGAAUGGCUCUGUUGUUUUGAAUUUUAAUUGUGAUUAUAAAUGUGAAGGUAAAAAACGCUGCGAGGUGAAAAAGUGCGGGGUUAAUUUAUUCCAUGCAAAAGCUUAG